AUGGGAAACUCUGGGACUAGUGGUCUUGACGGGCCAUAUAAUUGGAGAAAGCUGUUAUGUGUGUCUAGGAAGUACUAUUCGAUAAGCAUCAAGGAAUUGGCGAGAGGUACGAUGAGUGAUUUGACGGAGUACUGGGCGCGGUUGAAGCCCUUGCAAGAGGACAUGCCGUCCGCUGAUUUGGAAUCGAAGAAAGAGCGGUACUUGGUGAAGGAUGCUGGCAAGCCCAAGUUCGAUGUUGAGGCCACUACCAAACGGUUUGAGCAUUUAUUGUCGCUGAGUGGGUUGUUUAGGCAUUUCAUUGAGGGUAAAGCUGCGAAGGAUCCCAAGUUCAAGCAGGUCUUGGACAUCCUCGACAAGCCUGGUAAGAAGGGCCAGAAGAAAGGAGGCCACGAGGAUGCCAGAAGGCGUAAGACCGAGAGAGAGGAGGACGCUGAGCUGUUGAAAGAGGAGGAGGAUGUUGAGGACGACGCGGAUGACAUAGAGUACCUGUUCAGGGAAUCGCCAGCUUAUAUCAAUGGUCAGCUGAGAGAUUACCAAGUUCAAGGUUUGAACUGGCUUGUAUCCCUGGACAAGAAUAGGAUUGCGGGUAUUCUAGCAGAUGAAAUGGGUCUGGGUAAGACUCUUCAAACUAUCUCAUUCUUGGGGUACUUACGUUACAUAAAGAAGAUUCCAGGCCCAUUUCUAGUCAUUGCACCAAAAUCCACUUUGAACAAUUGGCUAAGAGAAAUUAACAAAUGGACACCAGAGGUGAACGCAUUCAUUCUACAAGGUGACAAAGAAGAAAGAGCCCGCCUGAUCCAGGACAAGUUUAUGGCUUGCGACUUCGACGUCGUGAUCGCAUCCUAUGAAAUCAUCAUCAGAGAGAAGGCAGCGUUCCGUAAAAUGAACUGGGAGUAUAUCAUGAUCGAUGAAGCGCACAGAAUCAAAAACGAAGAAUCAAUGCUGUCACAAGUAUUGAGGGAAUUCCAUUCAAAGAAUCGUUUGUUGAUAACCGGUACUCCAUUGCAAAAUAAUUUACAUGAACUGUGGGCACUUCUAAAUUUCCUGCUACCCGAUAUUUUCUCUGAUUCUCAGGACUUCGACGAAUGGUUCUCGAAGGAGACUGACGAGGAGGAUCAAGAGAAGAUUGUCAAGCAACUACAUACAGUUUUGCAACCGUUCUUGUUGCGUCGUAUUAAAAGUGACGUUGAAACAUCUCUUCUACCUAAGAAAGAACUAAAUGUUUAUGUUGGUAUGUCGCCAAUGCAGAAGAAGUGGUACAGACAAAUUUUGGAGAAGGAUAUAGAUGCCGUUAAUGCAGACAGCGGCAGCAAAGAAUCAAAGACUAGAUUGUUGAACAUUGUUAUGCAAUUGCGUAAAUGUUGUAACCAUCCAUAUCUCUUCGAUGGUGCUGAACCUGGUCCACCAUAUACAACUGACGAGCACUUGGUGUAUAAUUCUGAGAAACUAAAGGUUCUUGAUAAGUUGUUACGUAAGUUGAAAGAAGCAGGUUCUCGUGUUCUGAUUUUCAGUCAAAUGUCCCGUGUUUUGGAUAUCCUUGAAGAUUACUGUUAUUUCAGAGAAUAUGAAUACUGCCGUAUUGAUGGUUCCACUGCACAUGAAGAUAGAAUUGAAGCCAUCGAUGAAUAUAACGCCCCUGACUCAAAGAAGUUCUUGUUUUUAUUGACUACUCGUGCAGGUGGUCUAGGUAUUAACUUAACGACUGCCGAUGUUGUUGUCCUAUUUGAUUCUGAUUGGAAUCCACAAGCUGAUUUGCAAGCUAUGGAUAGAGCUCACCGUAUCGGUCAAAAGAAGCAGGUGAGGGUGUUUAGAUUUGUUACUGAUAACUCUGUUGAAGAAAAGAUUCUUGAGCGUGCUACUCAAAAACUAAGGCUAGACCAGCUAGUUAUUCAGCAAAACAGACCAACUAACAAGAAGAAAGAAAACAAGAAUGACUCUAAGGAUGCCUUGUUGUCUAUGAUCCAACAUGGUGCUGCUGAUGUAUUCAAGAGUAAUACAACUAGUGAAAGAGGAACACCACAACCAGAUGACGAUAAAGGUGAAGAUGUUGAUUUGGAUGAGUUAUUGGCCCAGUCUGAGAGUAAGACUCAAUCACUUAACGCUAAAUAUGAAUCCCUAGGUUUAGAUGAUUUACAAAAAUUCAACCAAGAUUCUGCAUAUGAAUGGAAUGGUACUGAUUUCAAAAAGAAGGUUCAGAAAGAUAUCAUUAGUCCUUUGUGGAUUGAACCUACCAAACGUGAAAGAAAGGAGAAUUACUCUAUUGAUGGCUACUAUAAGGAUGUGCUAAACACUGGUAAGCAUUCUACUCCAUUGCAACCAAGAAUGCCAAAACCUAAGGUUUUUUACUCUCAUCAAUUGCAACCUCCACAACUAAAGGUCAUAUACGAAAAAGAAAGAAUGUGGACAGCAAAGAGAACUAAUUAUACACCAACGUUAGAGGAUGUAAGAGCCACUUAUGGAGAGAUAGCGGAUGAGGAAGAGAAAAAGCAAAAGUUAGAACUAUUGAAAGUAUCAAUAAGCAAUGCAGAACCUUUGACUGAAGAAGAAGAGCAAUUAAAAUCACAAUGGGAAAACGAAGGUUUUACCAAUUGGACUAAGACUGACUUUAGAAAGUUUAUCACCGCUUGCGGUAAGUAUGGCCGUAAUUCCAUACAAGCGAUCACAAUGGAGCUAGCGCCUGGUAAGACAGAAGAAGAAGUUCGCAGAUAUGCCACUGCAUUUUGGAGCAAUCUUGAACGUAUUGAUGAUUAUGAAAAGUACCUGAAGAUGAUUGAAAAUGAGGAGGAGAAAGUAAAGCGUGUCAAACUCCAGCAGGAAGCUUUGCGUAGGAAAUUGUCUCAGUAUAAGAAUCCGUUCUUCGACUUGAAACUAAAACACCCACCUUCCACUAACAACAAGAGAACAUUUUCAGAUGAGGAAGACAGGUACAUACUGAUAAUGUUGUUCAAGUACGGUCUCGAUAGAGAAAACGUUUAUGAAAUGAUCAGAGAUGAGAUUAGAGACUGUCCAUUAUUUGAACUUGAUUUCUACUUUAGAAGUAGGACGCCUAUGGAACUGGCUAGAAGAGGUAACACUUUACUUGGAUGUAUUGAGAAAGAGUUCAACGCAGGUAUUGAGCUUACACCUGAAGUAAAAGAAAGAAUGGAGGAAGAAGACAAGCAAGGCAAGAGAGCCAGAGAAGAGUUUGAGAAGGAUAAAGAGCAAGAUGACAACGACUCAGAAACAAAAAUGCCUAAAAUUGAAAACGACGAUGAAGCCAAGAUAACUAGCGAAGAACCAGUUUCCGAUAUUGCUACUGAUGAUGCAGAAGUCAAAGAAGAAUUAAAAGAAGAAACAGUUGAAGCUUAA